AUGUACAAUGUUCUAACCCUUUUUCCGCCUCAGGGAUGGUGUUCUACAUACGAAUGGCUAUGGAAGGGUUGUGAGGGAGGAAGGCUCCGGUCCCUCUCUGCCGGCCUCUGCGUUCCCUUUCUGGGCAAGGAGAUGCGCCUGCAGAAGAUCCAGGCCCUCGCUAAGUACCUCCACACCUCGCUCCAUCAACACACCACUUACGCCAUCAGCUACUUUGUCUGUGAAAUGUUAAACCUGGUCUUCUGUUUCUUCAACUUGUGGUUCAUAGACAUGUAUCUCGGCGGGGUGUUCAUCGACCGCGGGUUAAGCGUCAUGGACCUCUUUCGGGACAGCGCGGAUGCAAAGGAAGCAACCAGCAUGACUUUUCCAGCUGCCUCUAAGUGCCUGUUUUACAAGUUUGGCCAUUCGGGUGCCAUAGAAACAUACGAUAUGAUAUGCACCCUGAGCCAAAGAGCUAUGUAUAUAAAGAUGUUCGCGUUCCUGUGGUUAUACUUCGUCAUUCUCUCUUGUUUUGGCGGGGUCAUGUUGCUCUCGUAUUUGGUAAUCUUUUCUUCCGCCUCCGUGAAGUCCUACCUUUUGCGGAAACAGGGGAAUCUGUCCACCGACAAUGUUGAUGCUCUUAUGACGAAGCUCAACACUGGGGACUUCUUCCUCCUGUAUCUUCUCAGCAAAAACGUGGAAUUCCAUGCCUUCGGUAUCCUGAUGGAGGAGUUUUCUGGCAGAGUUAUGGGCUACAAGAAAGCGGGGACCUCUACAGAGCUAGGAGAGAGGGCCACGGACAUCUCUCCUGUGUAAUUUUUUUCGACAGCAAAAUACAUGCAGAGACACAUGCGUGCACUCGCAAGCACACACUUAAAAGUUCAUAUCAUAAAUACUGGGAUACAGUUUUGGAAAAGGAAAGGCAUCGCCUCUUGGCCUCUUUUCGAAUUCCUCAAAGGAGGUAUUUGGACAGGUUAUUCUCUUCUCUUUGAGUUUCCUCCAUCAAAUUUAAACCUUUUCUCUUUUCUCUAAAAAGCAAUCGCCGAUAUAGUAAUUAUCCUUAUUGUUGGCAAGACUUCCUCAUACCAUGUAAAUGAGGAAAGGGUUUUAGUGCCCCUUUCUCGAGGGAGCGACGGAAGGAAAAUACACCUAAGCUUGAAUUUGGGGACCCUCUUGUCUGAGCAAAAACGUUUCUUUUCCUUGCCCACGAAAGCUCAGGGUUUGCGGAUGGCGAAAUUUGAUCAUGUAUUCUGUGUGAUACAUCAUUAUAUACA